GUCGCUUUAAAAUAUGCAAAAUAGCCUGCGGGUGAGUGGCGCGGUUCAGCCAACCAGCGCAGGGUUCGUGAAGCGCCGCGGGGCGGAGCUUCUCCUGGCCACACCCCGUAAGCCGGGCCCGCCGCGGGCUCUGCAGGGCGCUGGGAAGGCGGGACGCGAGUCCGGAGCGCGCAGGUGGCCGCGGCGCGAGGCGAUGGAGAAACUGAGGCACAGAGCUGAAUGACUUAGAGCAAGACUGACACAGGACAGAGGCCACCAGGGGUCUCCACAGAAGCCAACAGGAUGUCAUAUUUUGGGGAACAUUUUUGGGGGGACAAAAACCAUGGAUUUGAGGUCCUCUACCAUUGUGUGAAGCAGGGUCCUGUGGCCACCAAGGAGCUGGCUGACUUCAUUAGAGAAAGGGCCAGCAUUGAAGAGACAUACUCGAAGGCCAUGGCCAAACUGUCCAAGCUGGCCAGCAACGGGACGCCUAUGGGGACCUUUGCCCCACUCUGGGAGGUCUUCCGUGUGUCCUCGGACAAGCUGGCCCUGUGCCACCUGGAGCUGACUCGGAAGCUGCACGACCUCCUCAAGGAUGUGCUCCGCUAUGGCGAGGAGCAGCUCAAGGCCCACAAGAAGUGUAAGGAGGAGGUUCUGGGCACUGUGGAUGCAGUGCAGGUGUUGGCAGGCGUGGGUCAGCUCCUGCCAAAGUCUCGCGAGAAUUACUUGAGCCGCUGCAUGGACCUGGAGCGGCUGCGCAGGGAGAACACCAGCCAAAAGGAGAUGGACAAGGCGGAAACGAAAAGCAAGAAGGCUGCCGACAGCCUUAGGCGCUCCGUGGAUAAGUACAACUCAGCCCGCGCAGACUUCGAGAUCAAGAUGCUUGACUCUGCGCUGCGCUUUCAGGCCAUGGAGGAGGCACACCUGCAGCACAUGAAGGCCUUGCUGGGCUCCUAUGCGCACUCCGUGGAGGACACCCACGUGCAGAUUGGGCAGGUGCAUGAGGAAUUUAAGCAGAAUGUGGAAAAUGUGACUGUGGACAUGCUGCUCAGGAAGUUUGCAGAGAGCAAGGGCACUGGGCGGGAGAAACCGGGGCCUCUGGACUUCGAAGCAUACAGCUCAGCGGCCCUGCAGGAAGCAAUGAAACGUCUCCGAGGAGCCAAGGCCUUCCGCCUUCCAGGACUGAGCCGGAGGGAGCCCCGUGCAUCUGUUGACUUCCUGGAGUCUGAUUUGGGGGUUCCUCCCGAGGUGGAUGACGAAGGCUUCAGUGUGCGCCCCGAUGUGUCUCAGAACAAUAUCCUUUAGGUGACUGUUGGCCCAUGUGCGGCCGCGCCCCCGCGGUUCUCCUCUAGUGACUCAGAUUUUGACGAUGAGGAGCCCAGAAAGUUCUACGUGCACAUCAAGCCCGCCCCCAUGCGUGCUGUGGCCUGCAGCUCCGAGGCUGCAGCUGCCCAGCUCAGGGCCACAGCUGGCAGCCUCAUCCUCCCUCCAGGCCCAGGGGGCACCAUGAAACGUCACUCCUCACGGGAUGCUUCUGGGAAGCCGCAGAGACCUCGGUCGGCCCCACGCACGGGCAGCUCUGUGGAGAAGCCAUUGGCCUCUGAGGAACCACUGUCCAAGAGCCUCUUUGGGCCGCCACUGGAGUCUGCCUUCGACCACGAGGACUUCACGGGCUCCAGCAGCCUGGGCUUCACAUCCAGCCCUUCUCCUUUCUCAUCCUCUUCCCCUGAGAACGUGGAGGACUCAGGCCUGGACUCUCCGUCACACGCUGCCCCUGGCCCAUCCCCUGAGUCCUGGGUCCCCCGGCCGAGCACCCCACAGAGUCCACCCACCUGCAGGGCACAGCAUUCCGAAGCCAGGGGACCAAUGCCCCGUGCGCCUUCCCCAGGUCCGUGGGGGCCAGAGGGAGGUACAGACCCCACGUCAACCGCUGACCCCACCAGGGAAGGCCUGGCUGCGCCACCAAGGAGGCCUCGGUCAAGGAAGGUGUCCUGUCCACUCACCAGGAGCAAUGGCGACUUGUGCCGGUCACUCAGCCCCUCCCCGCUGGGAUCUUCUGCCCCCGGCAUCACCCCGGAUCGGCCCAGCUUCUCCACCCAGAUGGGACAUGGCAUCUCCCGAGGCCCCAGCCCUGUGGUUCUAGGCUCUCAGGACACCCUGCCGGUGGCCACGGCCUUCACUGAGUAUGUCCAUGCCUAUUUCCGAGGCCACAGCCCCAGUUGCCUGGCUCGAGUCACCGGGGAGUUGACCAUGACCUUUCCUGCGGGAAUCGUGCGUGUGUUCAGUGGGACCCCGCCCCCGCCCGUCCUCAGCUUCCGGCUGGUGCACACGGCCCCUGUGGAACACUUCCAGCCCAACGCUGACCUGAUCUUCAGUGACCCCUCCCAGAGUGACCCAGAGACCAAAGACUUCUGGCUGAACAUGGCUGCGCUGACGGAGGCCCUGCAGCACCAGGCGGAGCAGAACCCCACCGCCUCCUACUACAACCUAAUGCUGCUGCGGUACCAGUUCUCCCGCCCUGGACCCGAGUCAGUGCCCCUGCAAAUGAGCGCCCACUGGCAGUGCGGGCCCACGCUCACGAGGGUCUCGGUGGAGUACAGCUACCGUGCAGGCGCCACCGCCGUGUCCACACCGCUCACUAACGUCCAGAUCCUGCUGCCCGUGGGGGAGCCAGUGACCAGUGUGCGCCUGCAGCCUGCUGCUACUUGGAACACAGAGGAAAAGAGGUUCACAUGGAAGCUUCCAGAUGUGUGUGAGGCAGGGGGCUCAGGCCACCUGUCUGCCAGCUGGCAGCCUCAGUCGGGACCCAGUACCCCAAGCCCGGUGGCCGCUCAGUUCACCAGCGAGGGCGCCACGCUGUCCGGCCUGGACCUGGAGCUGCUGGGUGGCGGCUACCGCAUGUCCCUGGUAAAGCGGAGAUUCGCUACAGGGAUGUACCUCGCCAGCUGCUGAGGUGCUCACCCUCUUGCCGAGGCUCCCCUGGGCAGGACUCUGGACAGGCGUCUCCAUCCUAGCCUGGCUGAGCCAACUGCUCCGUCCUCAAGCAGGCCCUGGCCUUUUAGUAUUCUUUAAAUAAAGUUUUCUA